AUGCCAUCUCCGUCACCUAUACUCGUCUACGUCAUCGGGGCCGGAAGUGUGUUUCUUGGCAUUCACUGCUUCUUAACGCCCGGAAGUAGAAUACCGCCGCUUCGGCUUACCGCUAGAACCCCGCGCACCGGCGAAAACACAACACGGGUGAUGAGGACAUUAGGAGCUUUGCAAUAUCACGGAUACGACGACGCUGUCACGAUCAUGACGGGCGUCAUGUCUCUUGCGGGAUUGGGCGACGGUAUCGUAGUCUGGCUUUACGGCGGAGAUGAAGCUAGGGGGGAGGCCUUCGGUCAUUGGGGCGCUUUUGCUACUCUGGCCGGAUGGUCUCUAUGGAGGACAUACGGAGACGUCCGCGGACAGUGA